GUAAGCGGUUGUUUAACAAAUGACCGCUAGGUGGCAGCAAUACGCCGAUGGACCAGACGUUAUUGUUUAUCUCUGCCGGAAGUAACACAGAAGAAGAAGGAGGAGUAAGGUAGUAAAGAUGGCGGAAAAUAACAGCACAGAACGUACGGAGGAUGCCAACAUGGAUAAAAAGGUUGCUCCUGGAGAAUCUGUGAUGGUUAUCACCGUCAAAACCCCCAAUGGAAAAGAGGACAUUUCGAUUUCGGAGGAUUCCUCUGUCUCCCAGUUCAAACAGGAGGUGUCCAAAAAGUUCGAGGCCCAGCAGGACCAGCUGGUGUUGAUAUUUGCUGGAAAGAUUCUGAAGGAUGAGGAUUCUUUGAACCAGCACAAAAUCCGAGAUGGCAUGACCGUUCAUCUUGUCAUCAAGACUGCACCGAAAUCAACAGGUGAUGGUACAUCCCACACAAGUUCCAGUUCUGCCACCCCUCAAAAUAACAGCAGCAGCACCAACGCCACUGUAGCAGACAGAGCAGGAAGUGGCACGAUUCAGACGCCAACAGAGCCUGCCAAUCCAAUGAGUGGACUCGGUGACCUGUCCGGCUUGUUAGGCAUGGGCAUGCGGUCAUCCAGCUUCAUGGAGAUGCAGCAGCAGGUGCAGAGCCAGCUGAUGUCCAACCCACAGAUGAUGUCGCAGAUGAUGGGUAGCCCCCUAGUCCAGAACAUGAUGUCCAACCCAGACCUGAUGAGGCAGAUGCUCGCAGGCAAUCCCCAGAUGCAGCAGCUCGUGGAACAGACCCCGGACGUCUCCAGCAUGUUCAACAACCCCGACCUCAUGAGACAGAUGCAGAAUCCUGAAACAUUGUCUAUGCUGACCAACCCCAGAGCCAUGCAGGCCCUCAUACAGAUCCAACAGGGCCUGCAGACCUUACAGACAGAAGCCCCGGGAUUCAUGUCCAGAUUGUCUCCCGGAGGUCUCGGGGUUCCUCCAGCCACAGGGGGGAGCCCCCCCGAGAUCCCUCAGCCACCUGCCAUGGCAACCGGAUCCAGUCCCCUCUCAGGCACCAGUUCCUCUCAGCAACAGCUCAUGCAGCAGAUGUUACAGAUGUUUGCAGGCGGAGGGCCCUCACUCCAGACUCCGGAGGUUCGUUUCCAGCAGCAGCUCGACCAGCUCAACACCAUGGGCUUCAUCGACCGCCAAGCCAACCUGCAGGCACUCAUCGCUACGGGAGGGGAUGUCAACGCCGCCAUCGAAAGACUGUUGGCCUAACCCGCUCAUUUCAUUCUGGGGUUGAGGGUGGAAGACGGGUAGAGUUGGGGACUGGCAUGGGAGAAUUGAAAUAAGUUAUUACAUAAACACCAUCCUACAUCAAAUAAAAUAAGUCUGACCUGACUCCCCGAUAGACGCAGUGGUAUUCCAAUCACUUGUUAUCUCUUCAUCUGAUCUGUAAAUCAUAGGAAGGGUAAACAAGGGAGGAUGGGAAAUCCUAGUGGAAGGAUGUGGUUCGUUUCUAACAGAAUUGGUCAUAUGCUAAAGGUAAAAGCCGUGGCAGAUAAGAUAUGAUAAGCCUUUAUUAAUCCUAUAGGGGAAAUUCAGGUGUUGCAGCGGCACAAAGACCAAAACAAGUACAUUCAAAUAGAGAAGUACAAAUGAAAUGAAAAAUAAAUAAAGCAAAUAAGAGGUAUAUACAAUUAUAUAUCACAACUAGUAAACUGUGACAUGUGAAUUUCCCUCUGGGGAUAAAUAAAUGUAUCUAUCUAGCACUAUGUAUCUUGCAAUUAAAGACAAAGUUAUAAGGUGUUUCAGUGACAAAUUAAAUUAACAAGGUGAAGUGACAUGGUUGAUUAAUAGCAGCCUGUCUAGUAUGUACUGUAUGUAAUCAAUGUACACCAGAAUAAUAUAUACUGUGAUGGAGUGUAUGUAGUACUGCUACAAAGAAAUAACGCCACAACUGUCCUGGUCGCGACCAAUGAGUUCCUCCUGCCGGGCCGCUCGGAGAUGAUUUCAGACAUGACAAGUGCUCAUUCACUUGAUGUCUGCACAAAGUUACCAAGAAAUUCAUUCUAAUAGUUACUAACUUUACAUACAUUUUAACAGAUUGUAUUUGGUGGUUAGGUUGUUGUAGUAGGUUGGAUGAUCUUCUGUGCACUCAGCUAGUUUUUACAUGUUUCUUUGUUUUGUUUUUCAAUCCUCUUGCUUGGUAUUUAUUUGAGUUAUCUCUUCAUGGAGGUUCGUGACACCUUGUAUUUCUCCCCCAAAAUGUUUCUCAGUACUGAUUCUUGUUGUUGGCUCUGCUGCCUAAAUGUUUGAGGAGGACAAAGUACGUGUGAUGUAUGUGUGGAUGAGGGAUGGACAAUAGGACCUAGGGAGAAAAUUUGCAAAAUUAAGGUAGACAGCACUGUGUUGUUGGAACAGGUUGAUUGCUUAGCCUGUGUUAUUGGACCCCAUAUUGCUGUAGAUUUCUUAAGAUGUUUAGAUAGGAAAAAAUAUGAAAUUACUAUUCUAAAUCAUUGUACCCUAAAUAACUUCCAAAAUGCCCCAAAGCACUUAGAAUGUUCAUCACAACUGCAUACUUAAUGUGUACUUCUACUUCAGAGGAAAACAUUGUACUACUACAUUUACCUGACAGAGAAAUGUAACCGGUUACAUUGCACAUUCAGAUUUUACUCUCAAAGUAAAAAAUCAAAAUAGAUGCAUUAUUAUUAUGAAUUCAGCUAUCCAGUGUUAUAUUAGAACUGAAAGCUUGACAUUUUGAUUUUCAAUUGAUCUGUUUAAUGUCUCUAGUUGUAUUGCCAAUAGUGUUUCUAGACUGUGAUAUUGGAUUUACAGAAUUUUCCUGGAAUACAUUUAAGUUUUUCAUCAAAUUUAGCCAAAACGGUAAUUUCCAUCUAAUUGUUUUAAUCUAUAAAUAUUUCUGCAAUAUAGCCUUAAAAUUUACAUAUACCAUGUCAGAAGUUCAUGUCACUCACCACUAAUAUAGACCGUCAUUGAAAUCUACUUUCUUAGUCAACAGGUGUGGUUCAACUUGAUUUCCUGUAGACAAACUGUGUAAAAGUAAAUAAAGUAAAUACACUUGCA